UCGAUCGGCUCUGCCCCACGGCUGAUAGACCCGGCUGUGUGACUUUGGGGUAUAAAAGGGGAUUUGUGGGUGUGGGUCAAGCGGGUCGUGUCGUGGCCACACUGCGAUCUCCAGCCCUGGCUGGCCACCGGAAAUCUGCAGGUGACUCACGCGAAUACCGCUCCAGCCUCCUGCAGGGCUAGGCGGCUCCAUCGUGGCUCUGAGACCAGCCCCCCGCCCUCUCCAGACCCAUGGAACUUCGUCUCAUCUUCUGCCUCCUCUGGGCUCUGCCAGCUACAGCUAAUGCUGUGUCACUGUGGCCUUCCAGCUGUUACCAGGGCGUCCCUGGGAAAAGCAGCGUAGCCAGGAGAUGUAAUCGGGAUGAGAAUUCUUGCCUCACUGUUCAGGAAGAGAACACCCUCGGGGGCGUGGUGAACACGGGCGUCCUCCAGGCAUGUGGCAACAACAUGCGUAGCCUGGUGGGCAACCUGGACUUCGAGUUUGGGGGUGGGGUCUACGUGAGGAUCCUCUCUCUCAUCUGCGGACACACCGACUGCAACACGGGGGAGAUGAAGGAACGCCCCAAAAUCAGCACCGUGCCCAAUGGGAGACAGUGCCCGUCGUGCUUUGCCCCAGGAUCCCACCUCUGCCUCCACAACGUCACCCUGCACUGCCAGGGGGCCGCCAACCAGUGUGUCGACGUCGUGGGGACGCUGUCAGAGAACGGCGUCGAAAUCCCUUUCGCAGCCAGAGGCUGCGCCACCCAGGAUGUGGCCAAGAUCAAAGCCGGGGACGUCCUGAUGUCGGGCGUAUUCACCUAUCGGAUCAAGAGCAUCCAGUUAAACCCGGCCCCCAGAACGGAGACCAUGGAUGACUUCUGACACCUGCUGAGCUCCAUCCCGCUGGCACACCCCUGCUUCGAGCUAUACCCCCAGGCCUCUCCGUGGCUGCCCCCCCAGUGGUCCCUCAGUUCCCUCCCCCCGGGGGGAGAUAACGGUGCCGUGCAAGGCCCAAGCCAGAGACCCAUUAUGGGCUUUGCACUGAGUGUGACGGGCUUAAAAACAGGCCUGAGUAUUAGAGACCCAUUAGCAGCUUCCCCUCAGCGUGUGCACCCAGGAGAAGGUCCUGGCUCUCAGCUAUGUUUGUUCUAACCACUAGUCCCCACUCCCCUCCAAGAGCCAGGGACAGAGCCCAGGCAUCCUGCCACCCCUCUACCCUCUGUUCUCACCUUUCGUAUUUCCGCACACCAAGGCACUCAAUAAAGCUGCA